UGUGUGAUUUUGACAAAAAUCAGAUUACAUUUGAUGGUGAUUUUAUGCAGAAAUUAGUGCUGCCAAACGAUUAAAAUUUUUAAUUGAGUUAAUUACAGCUAAAAAUUAAUUAAUCGUAAUUAAUCGCAAUUAAUUGCAAUUCAAACCAUCUAUAAAAUAUGCCAUAUUUGUCUGUAAAUUAUUGUCGGAAUGGAAAGAUAAGACACGAGAUAGAUAUAUACAUUCAACAUACGGUACAUAGGGACUCUAUUUGUUUAUUAUAACAAUAAAUCAACAAGAUGGCAUUAACAUUAUUAACAUUUUGUUAAAGCGAUCCAUGGAUAGAAAGACUUGUAGCUCUUAAAAGAUAAAUGUUAGUACAAGUUAUAUAAAUUUUAUAUUAAAACCCCUUUUAAUGUUUUCCUUUUAAUAAAAUUUGUAAAAAUUUCAGUCAAAAAAGAAACUAGUAGCCCACCAUUGUUGAUGUCAAUAAUUACACAAUACUCAUGGGUGCUGAAGCCUAUAAAAUCAGUCGCACCCAAACGCCAGCAGAGGGCGGCAAAACUCCAUAAAACACAAUUAACAUGUGGGCAUUUCACUGUACUGUCAUUUAAAUCUGUCUGAGCAGGGCAUGUGCGUUAAUUGCGUCAAAUAUUUUAACGUGAUUAAUUUAAAAAAUUAAUUACCGCCCGUUAACGCGAUAAUUUUGACAGCCCUAGCAGAAAUGUAAGAAAUUCCAAAAGGUUGAUACUUUUUCAUACAUAGGUGUGUUUAAAAAUUAUAUAUAUUUUUUGCAUUUAAAAAAAAUUCCACUAAUCACAAGUUUACUAUUGAUCGCAUGCAAUUAAUUGAAAGCAUGAUUAUUAUUACAAUAUUUCAAUACGGUAGGUCAUAAUAUAAAGUGGGCCGGUCUGUGGCAUGAAACUCCCGGGCUGAAGAUGAGUCCCACGGCUGUUUUUGGAUGGGAAAAACUAAAUAAAGAUCUUCAGCAUCCCUUGCUAUAAGUGACUUCCCGCAUCCUAUGUGUCGUACCUAAGCGCUCUUUGGCCAUUUGCGCAUCUAAUUAAAAGCGCUCUCCUCAUCCGCGUGGCCACGUGCAGAAUGAUUGCGCGCGCACGGUGGGGAAGAUAUGUCGCGCGCCUCCGUGUGUGAACUGGAGAUGACGUCAGAGAAGCGCAAGGUGCAAAAGCAGAAGCGGCGCUGUCUGUCAUCCUCGGCGUCUUCUGUUUUGCGGCGAUAACAGUCGUCUUUGCGUCUCCCCGUUUUGCGGCAGCAACAAGGACACGGCGUGACUUUUGUAUUUUUUUUCACCACUCAAUGCAGAAUGACGGAGCCGGUUGAAGGAACCUUGAGCUGCUAGAGGCGGACUAUAUGAUGCCCGUUUGCCGCAGGCACCGCCAUGGUGAAAUCGGACACCGACUUGCGGCGGAUGGGGUGACCGAGCCAGCUGCUCCACCCGGGAGGAGGUCCCUGGCUUCGGACGCUGCCGCCGCCUGUGCCCGCUUCUAGAGGGGGGAGGAGGCGAGGAAGAUGCGGACGGAGGAGGAGAGGGCCUCUGCACAAGAGCCCAUUUUGGAGGAAGGGUCAGGACGAGAGCAGCAACGUCCGGUCCAGCAGUCUGUGGCGACGUCCCUGUGCCGGGAGUGCCACUGGAAGUGCCUCCUUCUGACCCUCCUCAUGUACGGCUGCUUCGCCACGCUCAUCUGGUGCGCCAUGUGCCGCGUGCCAGUGCUCAGCUCCUCGCCAGUGCGCGUGGUGGCCGCCGACGGCAACUCUACCUCGGCCGCCUACUACAGCGAUGUCCAACGCUUGGAGAGCCCGUGCUCCAGCGGCUACCUCUACAUCCCGCUGGCCUUCCUGGCGAUGCUUUAUGUGGUCUACCUGGUGGAGUGUUGGCACUGCUUCUCCAAGACGGCGGUGUUGGCUCACGCUGAAUUCCAGGAUGUGUACGAACGUGUGCAGCGGCUCCAGCAGGCCACACCCUGCAUUUGGUGGAAGGCCAUCAGCUACCACUACGUCAGGAGGACUAGGCAGGUGACAAGAUAUCGCAACGGAGACGCGUACACGACCACGCAGGUCUACCACGAGCGGGUCAACACUCACGCGUCCAGCUCAGAAUUUGACUACGCCCGCUACGGUGUCAAAGAUGUGUCCAAGGAGCUGCUGGACCUCCAGUUGCAUUCGGCAGUCCGUCUCCGCUUCACCAAGUGCUUCAGCUUCUCCAGCGCACGUGCUGAGGCUGCGUAUCUCACCCAGCGAGCGCGAUUCUUCGGCGAGAACGAGGGCCUGGAUGACUACAUGGAAGCCAGGGAGGGCAUGCACCUGAAGAACGUGGAUUUCCGCGAACACAUCCUGGCCUUCCCGGACCCCGCUCACCAGCCGUGGUUCUCUAGGUACAGAGUGUUCUGGCUGGCUUCCGCUUUCCUGCUGUCGUGGCCGCUGCGGGUGGUGUCCGAGUACCGCACGGCCUACGUGCACUACCAUGUGGAGAAGCUGUUUGGGGAGGACGAGGAUCUCGGCGGAGGGGGUGGCGGCGGACCGGGAGGGGGCGGCAGAGGCGAAGGAGAGAUUGAAAACGGCGGGGUGGGGAUCGCUAUGAACGGGUCCAGCUAUAGAUCCAUCUCACGGGUCAACACGGUGGACAUGACGGAACUGGAGUGGCACAUUCGCUGUAACCAACAGUUGGUUCCCAGCUACUCUGAGGCCAUUCUCAUGGACUUGGACACUAGCGGAGGGACAAACCCCGCCGCUUACACGCCCGUGUCCGGGCCCCCGGGGACGGUCCCCAACCUGGAGGGGAACCGCCCACCCUUGGCGCUUCCCGCCGUGUUCAACUCAACGUACCUCCUCCAGAGCUGCCCCAGAUGUCGACGGACCACGUCCAGCUCCAGUCUUCCCUCCCGACUGAGGGCGCCCAUGGGAACCACGGCCCUGCUCAACGCCACGGUUGCGGGCUUGAGGGCGGCCGGGAACAGCGGAGGGGCGAUCGGCGGCCGGCUAGUGCUCAGUCGUAGCGGCUUCUCCUUAGGGAGGCUGGGCGGCGGGCGACGGAACAGCCUGCUGCAUUCCCGCAGCGUGGGGGGAGGCCUGGCGGGAAGUCGGGAGGAUGGAGCUGGAGGAGGGAGCGCGGGCGGGUUCUUGGGUUUGGGAUCCAGGCAGGAAGACGAAGAGACCCGAGGCGUGUUGGAGGGAGACGGGGAUGAGGACGAGGAGGUGGAGGGUGCGAGAGGGGACAAUGGAGACAGAGAGGGGGACGAGGAGACGGAGCCGGGCGGUAGCGCGGGCACGGGUGAGAGGGAUCGUCCGCCUUCUUAUCAGGAUGCCUUCUUCUUCCCCGUGCUUAUCAUCCACGGAGACGAGAGCUGCCAUGCCGGCGACCGUCUCUGAACCUCCAAAACACUCGGCUGUGUUUGGAUUCAUUCUCGUAAUCACUAUACAGCGGCGCCUUGACUUACGGGUUUACUUCAUUUCGUGACCAUUACCCAUUUGAUAUGAAGGCAAACUCCAUCUUUUCGGAAUAAGAAAAAUAGCACUCCAGACUAUUGCACGUAAACACAAGGAAGACGAGCACAACUAUAAUAGUUGAUUUUGCACGUCUGGGAUUGAAGUUUUGCGUAGAAUUGAGCAGUCUAUAACACCCUAACAAUGACGCUACUCUUGUUAGCCUGUGUGUGGUUUGUGAGAUUGUGCGUUAGCAUUAAGCUAGUAGACUUUAAUCAACGUUUGGUUCAACACACAAAUCAGGGGCGUGACUCGACCUAAUACCAUACUGGGGCAUAGGUUAUGACCUAAAAGUGGUUUAUAUUGCCUAGGUGGGUUACCUAGCUUACCGCUCUCAUUCCUUCUUGCUGAGAGCAAAUAACAUUCUAAUAUCCAUUUGCAAGAGUAAUGGUGUCUUGUUACAGAUUACAGGGACUGCAGUAACAAAUGAAAUGCUUGUAAAACAGCUGGAAAUUAAGAUAAGCACACAUACAAAAUUGUUAGAGGUUAUAUCCCAAAGAUAGGCAAAUCAUUCAUUCAUUCAGAUUGAUUCUAUUCAUUUUGGUCAUAUAAGCAAAUAGCAAUAAAUAGCAUCAAUAUUUAUACAGUUCAAAUAACACAUAUCAAAUUAACAUAUUCGUAUUCAUAGCCAGUUUGCUAAAAGACGGCAACUAAUCUGCUACUAUAGACUUCAAUAUCAGUUGACCAGAAAUGGGGCACGGGGGCGGUCCGUAGGGGGCAUAUUUUCAAAACUUAAAAUUCAAAUAUUUUCAAAGCCAAAGCCGCUAGCGACCUAAAACCAAAACAGGCACCUCCCUUAGGCAUAUAUGAGUCUCCAUGAGCAGCGGUAUAAAAAAAUUCAAAGUCGUCCCCUAAUGAAAUCCAGAUUAAUAAUUUUAUAACAAAACAUAAAAUGGCUAUGAAACUCUCAGUUAUGCUAACAAACGCCACCAAAUGCAGAGAUAAUCACCUAUAUUUUCAGGAUCAAUAGCAACAUUUAACAUAUAUAAGUUUAUACCCGAAAUAGCGACUUAAUUUUUUUUUAUUUAGUGCAAUUUUGACAUGUUUUCAACAGCUAAUAAAUCAUAAUUUCCACAUCACACACUUAAUACUUGAGGAAAGCAUGCAGAAUCAUCUUAAUUUGAUUCAACAAAGCAAAUUUUGCAUUUUUCUGUAUACAAUCACAAUUUAUUUUGGUUGAUUUGCCUCAGCACGUCUUACCGGCUAUCUGGCCUUAGUCGUUUUUAGAUUGAAAUGUGAUAUCACAUAAAACACGUAGAAGCCGAAUUUUUUUUUGUAUGGACGCAGAAAUGUCUUAUCUUACUAUUUUUUUGGGGCCAAAAAUGGGUAGUUGGCCGAUACUUACCUGAUUAUUUGAAUAUAAAGUUACACUAUUGUGUAUGGAUACAAAAUCUAACAUGGCGACCGUCACAAAAUGAACUUUAUAAAUUGAAAAUUCUUCCAAAUCAAUGCGUAAAUCCCAGAAUUUCUAUGGAUAACACUGUAUCAAGAGAUACCCAUUUUGAUUGUUCAAAGUAAUAUUUGGAGCACACAAACAUGGCCAAAUAUGGGCAUGGCACAAUAUCCUAUGAUACAGUCUUCAAUAUGAACGUAAAACAGUCUAGAUUCUUGGUAGAAAGCAAAAAAAUUAUCAGUUAUCAUUCAUUUUAUGUAAAUAUUUCAAGCUAAAAUUACGCUAAUGUGUAUUGAUACAGAAUCCAACAUGGCAGCUGUGACAAAACAAAGAGCUUUUUAAGUUGGAAAUUCUUGUAAAUAAAUGAGUACAUCCCAGAAUUUCUAUUGGUACGAAUACAAAACAGUCUAGAUUCUUGGUUAACAGCAAAAAAAUGGGCAGUUAUUGUUCAUUUUACGUAAAUAUUUCAAGCUAAAGUUUCGCUAUUGUGUAUAGAUACAAAAUACAACAUGGCGGCAGUCACAAACCAAAGAGCUUUUUAAGUUGAAAAUUCUCGUAAAUUAAUGUGUACAUCCUGGAAUUUCUAUAUAUGUAAUGAAUGUAAAACAGUCGAGAUUCUUGGUUAAAAGCAAAAAAACUGGGUCGUUAUCAUUCAUUUUACGUCAAUAUUUCAAGCUAAAGGUACGCUAUUGUGUAUACAUAUAUAGAACAUAGCGGCCAGCACAAAACAAAGAGCUUUUUAAGUUGAAAGUUCUUGUUAAUAAAUGCGUAAAUCCCAGUAUUUUUAUAGAUAUGAACGUAAAACAGUCUAGAUUCUUGGUUAAAAGCAAAAAAACGGGCAGUUAUCGUUCAUUUUAUGUAAAUAUUUCAAGCUAAAGUUGCGCAAAUUUGUUUCCAUUCAUUUUUUGCCACAACAUUUCAAAGUGUAUGCUUGGUGCUAUAAUUAUAUACAUAAUUAUAAUAAUUCCCUAGAAUCCUUAAGCAAACCGCUCUUGAGAAACUCCUGCCUGCUUGUAUGCACUGAAAACCUUUGUCCUGUUUCUACCUAAAUCCAGCGUUAGAAGGCGGCGUGUGUUUGAGUUUAUCGCGGUGAAAGCUGCCAUGAAGCUCUGCCAGCCCGGCCCCCCGCAAUAUCUGUAGUAGCUGUCUCAUCAACUGAUGGUCAAGUCUAUGAAGAAUUGUUCCAAACCGCUGCAGAAAAAUUUGGAAAACCUCAGGUCGCUCUUAAGUCAAGGUACCUCUGUGUAGGGACUUUACCAUCCAUUAAAAAUCUCUGGAUGGCGGGCACUGUUGAGAGUUGUGAAAAUCCACUAACUCAAUAGUGAAUCCCAGCACAGCCAGAGAGAGGGAAUCCGAAAGUUUAAGUUCUAUCUAUGCAAGAGCAGGAGUAGGAGGGGAACCACAAAGAGCAUCCGCCAUGCCACGACACUCGUAGUCCAGUUCUUCCACACCGGGCCUUUCUGUACCGACGAAACACAAAAGCGUCUUCCGUCUGUAAAACAGCGCCGACAUUUCGUACAAUUUGGUGCUUUUCCAAAUCUAGUAAAUGUCCACGUCGAGCUUUUUCCACUCAAGUGCUGACCAGGACGUCAAUAAGAAGCCACGCCGCCUCCGACAUCAGCACAAGUACGAACGUGACUCAAGAAUAGCAAACUUGGCCUCCAUUACUUUCCAUUUGGCCGAUGGGAGGGAUCAGUUCCCUGGCCUACUUCUUCUGCUCGAAUUUGGAGGAAGGCCAGCUAAGUGCGUGCACCUCACCUGCUACUGUAUUUGAACACUUCCCCCUCUUCUCCAUACGGAUUGAAAGCACACACAUUGAAUAAUAAAUAACACGAAUGAAGGCGGGCUGCACAAAGAACUCAAUCGGCCACUCGGAACUAUUUUUCUUAUGAUUAGAAUGUACUGAUGGAAAGCACUUAUACGAUAUAAUACUAUAUUCUACUUAUAAUCUGUGCAUAUGCUGUAACCACUUGGCCACUUAACUCACCCCUGCUUAGACAUUUAAACAUGGAUAUGUCCUACGUUGCCUUCAUGUGCUACCACUUGACACUAAAAAGCCCAGAAAAUUGAGAACGCACAUGUUUGAGACGGCCGCUAGAGGGCAGAAAAGUUCCGUAAUGCACUUUUAAGAGCCUUGAUGUAACAGUGACUCAGACAGGGUAGAAGACACUUCCAAAUCUGAAUCUGAUGGAGGAUUUAUUCAAUAUUCUUGAUUUUAUAGUCGUCAAAAAUUUGGCCGGUCGAAUAAAAUAGAAUUGCACGGUUAUGAGAUUACACGAAUGCCUUGAGAUACGAAUUCAAUUCAUCCCAUGAUAAUGCUAGGAACUAAAUAGUAAUGCACCGAUAAUAUUUUUUUGCUCCUGAUACCGAUUCCAUGUAAAGUAAAUGUUAUCAUGGCUUGGUCUGACUCUGCUUUAACUCAUGCCAUUGACGUCAAUAGACGUCCAGUCCAUUUGCAAAUGAACGAACUAGGGCUGCAGCUAUCGAUUAUUUUAGUAGUCGAUUAAUCGAUGAACUAGUUAGUUCGAAUAAUCGAGUAACUGGAAAAGUAACAUGAAAAAUUAAAAUACCUGAGCUGACCCUCAAACGGUAUUAAAAACAAAUGAAUGAGGAUCUAUGUACAACAAAAGAACAAUUGGCUAACUUACAUGGCAAAAGUCCACUAGCUUAAAUGCUUAAAUUCCCAAUGCUCUUAGCAAAUGGUUCAGACUCAUAUUCCCACAAAAAACGGCUAAAUAUACAUAUGAACUAAAUUACAAAUGAUUUAAAAAAACAUUAGCCCAAAGAAAAACUUAGCUUACGUUGGUCUUAACGGGGAGCAGUUGGAUUCAGCCAUGUGAAAUGAGGCAGACCAGAGGGCAAUGUAUCCACCCCAAUCAAUAAACUAAAUGUAAACACUUUCGAAAUAAAACAUUACAAUGCCACUUUAAUUAAACGAAUACUCGAGGCAACAAAAUUUAAUUGGAAUAUUUUUUUCUAAUCGAAUACUCGAGUUAAUCGAUUAAUCGUUGCAGCACUAGAACGAACGCUCAACUCAUUUCAAGACCUAGUAGAGGCAACAUUCCCAUCAUCGUCAAUGCUUUGACAAUAAAAUGAAGCCAUAACUAUAAUUGCGGACAAUUGAAAUCGAGUCACAGAGACUCGGACUCGAGUCGCAAAAUUGACGACUCGGAACUUGACUCGGACUUGAAGAAAAAAAAAAACGCAGACUCGGACUUGACUCGCUUGAGCUGGGAGGGUCCGAGACCCGACUCGAAUUGUGAGGCAGUAACUGAAGACUCGUGGGACGAUGACUCAAGACUCGAUAAGCUGACUGGGAAAACUUGGUUUGUAGAUUAGUUCCCACCUGCCAGUGAUCCGCUUGGUCGCCUGGGACGCUCUUGCUACGACCUCACGGAACAACCUGUGACUCGACAACCUUGUGACUCGGCUUGAUUCGUCUUCACAACCUUGUGACCUUGCUCGACUCGUCUUUACAACCUUGUGACUCAGCUCGAUUCGUCUUCACAACCUUGUGACUCGGCUCAACUCGACAUUACCUCGAGACAAGUAGACUCUCCAUAACCUUAUAACUCAACACAACCUCAUGACUCGGCUUGAUUCGUCUUCACAACCUUGUGACCUUGCUCGACUCGUCUUUACAACCUUGUGACUCAGCUCGAUUCGUCUUCACAACCUUGUGACUCGGCUCAACUCGACAUUACCUCGAGACAAGUAGACUCUCCAUAACCUUAUAACUCAACACAACCUCAUGACUCGGCUCGACUCGUCUUCACAACCUUGUGACUCAGCUCGACUCGUCUUUACAACCUUGUGAGUCGGCUCGUUUUGUCUUUAUAACAUUGUGGCUCGGCUCAACUCAACAUGACCUCGAGACAUGACUCAACUCUCCAUAACCUUACGACUCAACUUGAUUCAUCUUUACAAACUUGUGACUCAGCUCGACUCGUCUUCACAACCUUGUGACUUGACUGGACUCGUCUUCACAACCUUGUGACUCAGGUCGACUCGUCUUUACAACUUUGUGACUCGACUGGUCUUUACAAUCUUUCAGCACUACAAUGCAUUGACAUUAAAAUGAAGUCAUAACUAUCUUUAACUGCAAACAAUUAGACUCGAGUCACAGGGACUUGGACUCAGUCGCAAAUUUGACGACUCGACUCGGACUUGAAGAAAAAAAAUGCAGACAACGGACUUGAGUUGGUUGACUUAAAUCGUCCUUACAACCUAUAUUCGGCUUGAUUCGACAUGACCUUGAGACUUGACUCGACAGAACCUCGUGACUCAGCUCGACUCGUCUUUAGAACCUUGUGACUCAGCUCAACUCGACAUGACUUCGAGACGACUUGACUUUCCAUAACCUUAUGACUCAACUCGACUAGACACAACCUUGUGGCUUGACUCGUUUUUUCAACCUUGUGACUCGGCUCGACUCGUCUUUACAACCUUGUGACCCAGCUCAACUCGACAUGAACUCGAGACGACUUGACUUUCCAUAACCUUAUGACUCAACUCGACUAGACACAACCUUGUGGCUCGACUCGUUUUUUUCAACCUUGUGACUCGGCUUGACUGGUCUUUACAACGUUGUGACUCAACUGGACUCGUCUUCACAACCUUGUGACUCGGCUCGUCUUUACAACGUUGUGACUCAACUGGACUCGACUUCACAACCUUGUGAUUCGGCUCGGCUCGUCUUUACAACGUUGUGACUCAACUGGACUCGUCUUCACAACCUUGUGACUCGGGCCGGCUCGUCUUUACAACCUUGUGACUCGGCUGGAUUUGUCUUUACAACCUUGUGACUCAGCUCAACUCGACAUGACCUCGAGACGACUUGACUUUCCAUAACCUUAUGACUCAACUCGACUAAACACAACCUUGUGGCUCGACUCGUUUUUUUUCAACCUUGUGACUCGGCUUGACUCGUAUUUACAACGUUCUGACUCAACUGGACUCGUCUUCACAACCUUGUGACGCGGCUUGACUCGUCUUUACAACGUUGUGACUCAACUGGACUCGUCUUCACAACCUUGUGACUCGGCUCGAGUUGAAAUGACCUCGAGACUUGACUCAACUUGGCUCGACACAACCUCGUGACUUGGCUUGACUCGCAACCUUGCGACUCAGCUUGACUUGUCUUUACAACCUUGUGACUCCGCUCGACUCAACCCGAGCUCGAGAUGACUCGUCUUGACUCUCCAUAACCUUAUGACUCGACACAAACUCGUGACUCAACUCGACUUGCCCACAACAGAUAAGACUCAGGACUUAUUUGUGACUCGGAUCAUAGUGACUCGUAAUUUUUCAUUCUUUCCCAAAGUGAUGCAACCAUAUAGAACUCUUAUCUCAAAUUUCUGCUUGCAAGUCAAGGUAGAACCAAAAAAAAAGUUAGAAGUCGGGUCAUUCGUAUCUCAAGGCGCCGCAAAAAGGCUGAAACAACUCAAUUUUGAUGUCCUGCUUCCAAUACUAAUCAACAAUAUACUAGUAAUCCUGCUAGUUGAUGUAAAAUUCUCCUAGCACCUCAGUAAUAGCACUAGUAGCACGUGGAUGUCAACUAGUGCAAAGUUUUGCAUACAGUGAUAAUCAAGCAGGUCGUUCGUCCUUGGCAGCUGAUUAACAACAACAAUAACGAAAAGCACUGUGAUGUCACUGAUGUGUAAUAACUGAAAAAAGCAACUGGUUAAAUCAAGCCCAUAAUUUUUUAGGACCAAAACUGAACGAAGUUAGCACAUUUAAGGGAGUUGAAUGGGUGCGAACCAACCACGGCAAUAUGCAAGGACGAAUCUGCCUUCUCUUUGCUAAAAGAGUUUCACUGGCGUGGUCAUUCGGUGGUACAUGACACUGCGGAUCGUGAUGACAAUAAACAUGCAGGAUGCAAAUAAAGUCUGCUUCUUAAAACAUUCUUUGGUGUUGAUAAUAAGAUAUCUGUUCUCGAGUAUUUUAAGAUUUCUAUACUUUUUGGUGUACAAAAAACCCAAGCAAAAAGUAUGGAAUCACCAGUCUCGGACGAGUACUCACUCAGACAUUUUAUCAUGUAGAACAAACUCAGAUAAAAACCUUGAAAAAAUAAUG